AUGCGCCGGCGAAACCCAUGCUCCUACCUCAACCGCCGCCUUCAGAUCGUCGCCAGCCUCACCACCUUCAUCCUCUUCAGCAUCCUCUUCCUCGGCACCACCUCCGAGGACAACCCCUACCUCAGCAAAGUCCCAUACGGCCCGCAGAUCCGGCAAGGCACCACCAAAGUAGUCGGCCGCCUUCCAUCCAUCCCCAAGGAACUCCCGCACGUGCACGUGAACACGGCACAAUGGCUGAAUCGCUUGGAUCCCUUUCAAGCACCCGCUCACAGUCCUCCCCCAGCGGACCAGCCCGAUAGCAGGGAGGGUGAUAUAUCAUGGCACACCGACUGGCAUUGGAUGAACCCCUUCAGCACUGUCGUCACCCAGGACGAGCGCGCCGUGCUGCCUCCCUUGAAGCCGCGCCCGCCCGUCUACACCUACUUCGACGCUGGAGGGCGGAGUCGGGAUGAGCGGAGUAGGAAGGCGGAGCAAGAGGUGUUGGAGAUAUGGCGGCGCGCAUGGUGGGCCCAGGGCUUCAAACCCGUCGUCUUGAGUCGCUCCGAGGCAAUGAACCACCCAAAGUACAAGUACAUCAAGGACCUCAAGCUGGAAGCUGAUAUGGAACUGGAAUUGCUGAGAUGGCUGGCGUGGGCCAGCAUGGGCACGGGAAUCCUGUGCAACUGGCUGGCCGUGCCCAUGGCGCAUUACGAGGAACCCUUGCUCCAUUUCCUGCGCGCCGGCGAGUACUCCCAGAUGACCCGGUAUGACGGCUUGGAAGGUGGCUUGUACGUUGGCACGAAGGAGCAAGUGGAACAGGUGCUCGAGAUGGCCCUGCGGUCGACAUUGAUCACCACUGCUCAAUUCAUGUACCAACUCACGCCAGAGGACACUUUCCACAUCGAGCCCAACCAUGAUGGCGUGGCAUUCUACAGUUCGAAAACGAUCAAGACGUUGUACAAGUCGAUCGACAGCCAGUUGACCUUUGCCGACACCCGCGGAGAUGGCCUGACCAUGCUCCCCGCGCUCAUCAACAGUCAUCUGCACUUGACCUGGCAAAACAGCUUCCCGAAAGGCAUCGCCGUCUUGAAACCCCUGGCUCAAAACACCACAUACAUGAUCGAUCCCGCCAUCGACAUUGCUCGGAACUUGUCGACGUGCACAGCAUCUCCCAUCACCACCUCGUGUCCGCCCAACCGACCGAAUUGCUCGCCUUGUGUCAGCAGGACACCUAUGAUCAUCACUACACCGCCCAUCUACCGCAAUGACAGCGCGCAAUUCUUGAUCGGCACUGUGCCUCAUCCCUACACCCUGCAAAGCCUCAUUCACAACAAAGAGGAUUUGGACGUACGAUUCAUCCGACGGAAAACCUCGCGUGACUCGUGGGUCAUGGCCGCCACCAGAGAGUUGCUCGGCGCGGGCAUCUCCUCCUUUUCGCGCCUUGCUUCCCUCAAAGACGCCGUUGCAUCCGAGCACGGCAUCUCUCGCUCGCUGUGGCUGACGGCAGAAGAGCCCGUCUACCUCCGCACCGAAAAGGACUUACAAGAGCUCGAUUGGAUCUUCGGCUUUCGCAUCCCGCGGCACCCAAUGAAGGAUGGCAAAUCAGAGACGCCAGUGCCCGGACCAGAACGCCGUCCUCCGCCGCCCAAGCAGGACUUUGAUGGGCCGAAACCCGACGAGAAGCAGCUCCUUCAGCAGAUGUUGCUGGGGGAGAAAGCACAAGAUAUGAUCAAGAAGAGCGAGCGACAUGGUGGGCAGAAGUCUCUCAUCCUCCUUCGGAACGCGGUCGAGGCGUGGAACAUGGCGGACACGGAGGUGUGGAAGUUUGUGCGGGCGUUCAACGCGCGGAGAUUGGUGGAGCGGCAAAAGUGGCAGAAGGAGGAGGAUGCAUAUCUUGGAAAAGGCCUGUAUGACCGGUGGAAGGAGACUUUGUCUGGAUGA